UCGUAAUUGGAUGUAUAAUAGGACAAACGAAAACCGAGAGGGGAUGAGGCAAGAAUUUGUAGACGGUGUCGAUGCUUUUGUUGGCUAUGCAAUGACACUUGAAACUUUUCUAAUUGAUGGCUUGGUUAGGUACCACCCUUGUGUGAAAUGUCAAUGUAGGAAUUACGAGAAUCCAGAGAUUGUUAGGCUUCAUCUCUAUAAAGACGACUUUCAAAAAGAUUAUACAGUGUGGACUAGUCAUGGAGAAAUGAAUAGUAGUUUUGGUAGAUUUCAAGACUUUGUUGUUGGUGAAAGUAGUAGGGCGGUGGAACCUAAUGUCCAAAAUUCUAGAAUGCACGACAUGGUUCAAGAUGCUUAUGGGAUGCAUUCCGAUUUUGAAUCUGGUAACCAUGGUGAAGAAGCUCCAAAUGAAGAAGCUAGUCGUUUUUUUGAACAGUUGAAAAAGGCUAGUCAGCCUUUAUAUGACGGGAGUCCCCACUCUCAAUUGUCUAUUGUUGUUAGAUUAUUAAGCAUCAAAGCAGAUUUGAAUGUUCCUCAAGGUGCAAUGGAUGCUGUGAUUGGCCUUAUACAUGAAUUAGUUGACCCGAAUUUAGAGAUACCUGAAAAUUACUAUAAGGAAAAGAGACUAGUGUCUAAGUUAGGACUCUCGUCGAUGAGAAUUGAUUGUUGUGAAAAUGGAUGCAUGUUAUACUAUAAGGAUGACGAAGGUCUAGAAUCUUGUAAGUUUUGUGGAAGAGCUCGUUUUAAGCGGACUCGUAGCGGGAAGAGGGUUGUCGUUAAGGCGAUGCAUUACUUACCUUUUACACCAAGGUUAAAGAGGUUGUACGCAUCAAAUAGCUUCGCUCCUCAUAUGAGAUGGAACAGUGAAAAUAGAAGGUCGCCUGGUGUUAUGUGUCAUCCAUCAGACGGAGAGGCUUGGAAAUAUUUUGACACAACAUAUCCAGACUUUGCGGCUGAACCACGAAACAUUAGGUUGGGUUUAUGUUCCGAUGGAUUCACUCCACAUUCUGUUUCUGCUGCACCACAUUCUUGCUGGCCUGUUUUUUUAACACCAUAUAAUCUUCCGCCUGAGUUGUGUAUGACUAGUCCAUAUAUAUUCCUUACUUGCAUCAUUCCUGGCCCACGUAAUCCAAAAGUUUUAAUUGAUGUAUACUUGCAACCUUUGAUUGAUGAGUUGAAAAUGUUGUGGGUUGAAGGGGUUGAGACGUUUGACGUUUCUCUUAAGCAGAAUUUUAAUUUGCGGGCCACUUUAAUGUGAACUAUUAAUGAUUUUCCUGCCUACGGGAUGUUGUCUGGGUGGAUGACUGUUGGAAAGUUAGCUUGUCCUUACUGCAUGGAGAAUACUAAAUCGUUCACUUUAAAGCAUGGCAAAAAAAAAAUUCAUGGUUUGAUUGUCACCGUCAGUUCUUGCCAAUGGAUCAUGAGUUUAGGAGUAUGAAAAAUGCAUUUAGGAAGAACAAAAUUGAACGAAACUAUCCACCUCCAAGACUCUCAGGAGAGGAAAUUUGGGAGAGGGUUGAGAACUUUCCAAAAGUUACUGAAGAACCACCGUACAAGUUCGAUGGGUAUGGGCUUGCACAUAACUGGACCAAACAGAGCAUAUUUUGGGAGUUACCAUAUUGGAAGGAUAAUCUUCUCCGGCAUAAUCUUGAUGUUAUGCAAAUUGAAAAAAAUUACUUUGAUAAUUUAUUCAAUACAGUAAUGGAUGUCAAGGGCAAGACAAAAGAUAAUCCAAAGGCAAGAUUGGACUUACAGGAAUAUUGUAUGCGUAAAGAGUUAUGGUUGCAGGACAAAGGGAACAGGGUCUUCAAGCCUAAGGCUAGUUAUUCAUUCACAAUGGAUCGUAAGCGAAAGAUUUGUGAAUGGGUUAAGAACUUGAAGAUGCCUGAUGGGUAUGCAUCAAAUUUGGAAAAACGUGUUGAUAUGGCGCAAGGAAAGUUACAUGGGAUGAAAAGCCAUGAUUGUCAUGUUUUCAUGGAAACUUUACUCCCCAUUGCAUUUAGUAGGUUGCCUGCACGAAUCUAGAAGCCUAUGAUAGAAAUUAGUUUGUUCUUCAAAGACUUGUGUUCCAGUACGUUGAGGGUAGACAACCUGGAUCGAAUGCAUCAGAAUAUUCCUGUAAUAACAAGUAAGUUGGAGAAAAUUCUUCCACCGGGGUUCUUCGAUGUGAUGGAACAUCUUCCGAUUCACCUUGCGGAGGAAGCUCGACUCGGAGGCCCAGUUCAUUGUCGUUGGAUGUAUCCCUUCGAGAGAACUAUUGGCAAGUCUAAACGGGGUAUCAAGCAGAAACAUAGAGUUGAAGGAUCAAUUUGCGAAGCCUACCUUGCUAAGGAAACAACUCAUUUCUGUUCUUACUACUUUGGGAAUGAUGUGUCAUGCUUGCGAAACAGACCCAAUCGGCAUUAUGAAGGAGGUGAGAAUGAUGCUUUAGCGAAGCCAAUAUCAAUCUUCAAUCAACCGGGUUCAGGUUCAAAAAAACGUACAAGACAAUUUAAUUAUAUGGAGUCUAAAUCUGCAUCGAUACAUGUCUUGCUAAAUUGCCCGGAAGUUCAACGAUAUUAUGAGUAAGUUAUUAUUAUUUUGCACUAAAUAUCCAAGUACAAAGCAUAACAACUAACUCAAACUCCAUUUUGUCGGACAACUACUUUGUGCAUCUAAAUGGCAUUGAAAAAGUGUACGACCAGUUUGAGAAGUGG